AUGGCUUUGCAACGAGUGAAGACCGUAUUCCAUGGUAGAUGGAUCGAAUCAUGCCGAUAUAUUGACUAUCGCCUCCUUGAUGUAUAUGUUUCAGUUUCAUCCUCGUUUCAAGAAUUUGUAAAUUGUAUCCAACAUAGACUUUUUCCAAAUUCAGAAGUUUCUAUCUGUAGGUUGACCCUUUACUGGAAAGAUGGCAACAAUUCGAAACUCAUUCGGAUUGUGGAUGAUAAGGAUGUGUCUUGGAUUAUGUUAGUUUUAUCAAAAUUGCCGGACAAUGAUCUACUCAUUGUUGUCGACACCGCACCUACUACGGAUAUUGGAAAUACCCCUUAUAUGAGCAGCGAAGUACCUAGAACCGAAGACUCACGUACUGAAAAUGUAAUUAUUGAUCUCAAUGCAUUUGAAUCACCAAAUACUGUUAUACACAUUAGAGUUGGAUCCAUGUUUAGACAAAAAUCAGUUUUGAAAAAAGCUAUUUAUAUGCUCGCUUUGAAUAGUAGUUUUGAAUUAGUUACUGUUAGGUCCAACCGUACAUCAUUCGACAUCAGAUGUAAGGAUCCAUCUUGCCCCUGGGGUACUCCGGAGGACUCAUAUGCCAUGUUGUCUGCCUUUUCGGAUGCACUGAUCCGAAACAACCCAGGUACAUAUACGGCUGAAGAAGCGGAUGAUGAAGCUAUGAAGAACAAAUAUCUUGGUACCCUCAUAUCUGCUUGUACUAUUGAUGGAAACUCUCAAAUUGUGCCACUAGCUUUUGCUGUCGUUGAUUUAGAGAAUGAUUUGUCAUGGUCAUGGUUUUUUCGAAACCUUAAAGCCGUUUUUGGGGAACAUAAUGAGAUGGUAAUUGUUUCUGAUGCUCACAAAAGUAUAGAAAAUGGGUUUAAUGUCGUUUAUGAAAUAACUAAACAUGGAUUAUGUGCAUUCCAUUUGUUGAAGAACUUGAAAAAGAACCAUAAAUCACUUCCCAUGGAGGACUCAUUCAAUAAAUGUGCCAGAGCGUAUACACCACUGGAAUUUGAGUACUACAUGAGGCAACUCGAACAACUAUCUCCAUCAAUGAGGCAUGAGUUGGAAGCAGUGGGAAGACAUAAGUGGGCCAAGGCAUUUUUUAGGAGAAAAAGAUAUCAGGUUAUUACAACCAACAUCUCUGAAAGUAUGAACUCUACCUUGAAAGAACAACGAGAAUUGCCUGUAAUUGGACUUCUAGAAUCUAUCCGUAGUUUGAUUCAAAAAUGGUUCUAUGAACGUCGUACCAAAUGGAGUUUCCAACGCACACAACUUUCAAUAUAUGCAGAAGAUAUGAUUCGAGAAUCCUUGGUGCAGAGCCGCUCAAUGAAUAUAUAUCCUGUAGACCAACAUGAAUUUGAAGUCCACGAUCGUAAGGAACAAUUUGUCGUUAACAUUUUAAAUUGGACAUGUUCAUUUCGUCAAUGGGACCUUGAUUUGAUCCCUUGUUCACUUACAUGUAUAGCAUUGUCCACAAGGAAUCUUAAUCUCCAUUUAUACACCGAUAAGUUCUACUAUGUCUCAAAUUUGAUAAACCUGUACAAGAAGGGGACGCGUCCUAUUGGUACUGUAAACCAAAUUAGGAAUACCCACCAAGGUGGCAAUGAUGGAAUACUUCCACCGCAGGUUAAACGUCUAGCUGGAAGACCCGAAAAGAAGAGGUUACUUCAUUCUUAG